CCCGCCUGGCAGCCUCACACCUGGGGAGAGCCGGCCACCUGCAUCUGCCUCUGCCUCUGCACAAUGGCUCCUGGGAGCAUCGCCUCCAGCAACACCACGGCCUCCUCGGCCUCCACUGUAGAGUCAUCCGGGCUGUCUGGAUCUGAAAGGCCAGGCCCGAGCCACACCAGCAUCCAAGUGCUGCACCGCCACCCUCCCGUGCUGCGCAUGGUGCUGGAGGCACUGCAGGUUGGAGAGCAGCGCCGGGGCACCUCUGUGGCGGCCAUCAAGGUUUAUAUCCUGCAGAAGUACCCCAUGGUGGAUGUCAUCCGGCUCAAGUACCUGCUGAAGCAGGCCCUGGCCACAGGCAUACGCCGUGGCCUUCUUGUCAGGCCUGUCAACUCCAAGGCCAAGGGGGCCACUGGCAGCUUCAAAUUAGUUCCCAAGCACAAAAGGAGAAUCCAGCCCAGGAAGAGGUCCACCAUGGCAGCCCCCAGGAGACCCAGUGAGGCCAAGGAUAAGGGCCCCAAGAAGCCAAGUGAGGCAAAGAAGGACCCUCUCAACCCGGGUGAGGUCAAAAAGGGACCCAGGAAGCCAGGAGAGGUGAGGACAGUUCCCUCCAAACCAGGUGCAGCCAAGGGGAAGGCCCCCAAGAAAGGCAGCCAGACCAAGGACCAGGAGGCAAGACAAGGCACAGCCAGAAAGGCCCCCCGACAGCCAGACAGGGCCACCCAGGCCCAUCCCACCACCAGUAGGCCUGGUGGGGAGUCAAAGGUCAAAGGAAGAAGGAGCAACCAAGAUGCCAAGGCCCAUGGGAACACAAAAUCUGGGCAUCAGAGUUCAAAACCCACGGUCACCAAGAAGGAGAACUGUGCUGCUUCCUCAGCCAACAAAAAGACGGGAAGCAAGAUCCCUAUGGAGGCUGCUGCCCAGGGGGCUGGGAGGGGGCUGAAAGCCAAGGCCGCCGCUCCUUCUGAAGGCAGUGGGUCCAAGACGGUGAUGGCACCGCUGGCCAGGAAGCCAGAGGCCCCCAAGGGCCUGAGAAAGCCCAGUGUGCCUACCAACACCUCCUCGUCCAAAGUGGCCAGUAAGAAGGCGGAAGCUGGGAGCUAGAGGUGGGGUGGAGAGAGACUGAGAUUCUGCCUGAGUUUUUAUUUCCCAACAAACUACCACUCUAUUUAUUUCACUGUAACCUCUUUAUAAAUAAAGACUU